UUGACAGGACAUGUUGGUGAGGUGUAUUGUUGACAGGACAUGUUGGUGAGGUGUAUUGUUGACAGGACAUGUUGGUGAGGUGUAUUGUUGACAGGACACUUUGCUUAAUGAGGCUCCUAACAGCCACUAAUGGCGGGCAAACAGAGCAGAGUGUCUGUCAGCUAAAAGGUGUUCAAUGAUGCAUGGAAGCUUCUAGUCAUGUGAGGCAGCCAAUGGUCGUUGAGCAGCAGGGUCACGUGGUCCCGGUGCGGCACACCUGUGUACGGGCGAGGGCUCCCUCCCUGCGAGUCGGGUCCAGGUGCAGGUGCAGGUGCAGGUGCAGGUGCAGGUCCAGGGCCCCGCAGAGCAGACAUGCAUCACCGGGACAUGUACCAAAGUCCGUCGUGCGUCUACCUGCAGAGAAGUCAAGACUGCAGCCCGCCGCCGUGUCUCUACAUGCAGCCCGGACACGCGGACAGCUGCGCCACACGGAUGGACACCUCCGACGCCAGCCUCGGCAUCCCGCUGCUGCACCACCACCACCAGGACCACCACCACCAGCACCACCCGCAGGCGGUGCCACCCGCCGCGACCUACGAGGAUCAGAGCCGGUCUUACCUUCCUUUCCCUUGGAUGAAGAGCACCAAGUCUCACACCUGGUCUGCAGGUGCCUACAUGAUGUCAGAGACGGAGGAGCACAAGCGGACUCGCACGGCCUACACCCGAGCCCAGCUGCUGGAGCUGGAGAAGGAGUUCCUGUACAACCGCUACAUCUCCAGACCUCGGCGUGUGGAACUGGCCCUCAGUCUGGGACUCACUGAGAGACACAUCAAGAUCUGGUUCCAGAACCGCCGCAUGAAGUGGAAGAAGGAGGAGGACCGCAGGAGGACCAGGAGGAGCCAGCCGGACCAGGACUCCUCUGUCACCUCAGGAGACCACCAGGUCACACCCCCCCUCUCCCCCCACCUGCACGCCCCUCUGACCUCUGACCUCAACAACUCUGCUGGACCCUGACAAGACUUUGGACUACUUCUGUAAAUAUGUCACAUAUCUCUUCUCUCCAUUAUAUUUCAUGUCACAUAUUUCUUCUCUCCAUUUUGUAAACAUUUUGAUGAUGUAUUUCAUGUCAAAUAUCUCUAUAUAUGUAAAUAUGUGUAUAUGUAUAUGUCAGUGACGUGCGGUGAGGUUCAUGGCAGGUGAGGCACUGACUUCAUCACAGUCAGAUUUACAAACAUAAGAACCCUAAAGAGUAUCUUAUUCACCAUUUGAUUGGCAGCAGUUAACGGGUUAUGUUUAAAAGCUCAUACCAGCAUUCUUCCCUGCUUGGCACUCCGCAUCAAGGCUUGGAAUUGGGGGUUAAAUCACCAAAAAUGAUUCCCGGGCACGGCGCCGCUGCUGCCCACUGCUCCCCUCACCUCCCAGGGGGUGAACAAGGGGAUGGGUCAAAUGCAGAGGACACAUUUCAUUACACCUAGUGUGUGUGUGACAAUCAUUGGUACUUUAACUUAACUUUAACUUUACACAUACAAACUGUAGCACACAAAAAAGCACAUUUAAUAAAAAAAUCGUUAUUAUGGUCUUACCUUUACAUAUAAAUGAAGUCCAUGCGCAGCUGUUGUGCUGGAUUAAUGCACCCCCGCCGUAGAAUGCACCCGCUGACGGGAGUGUUGUAUUAACUAAAGCCCACACUUCAACUUUCCACGUGCAAGAUUGAAUCUAUUUAAACAAGUUAUUUAAGAAGAAGCCAAAAAGUGCAAAAACAAUAAUGUUGGUGUUGGAGGAGUUGUGAAUGAAUGAAAUGUGAAAUCCGUGCUGCAGUCUGCAGGUGUACCUAAUGUUGUGGCCCAGCAGUCAUUCACAGGCUUUAGUUGAUACAACGCUCCCGUCAGUGGGUGCAUUCUACAGUGGGGGUGCAUUCUACGGCGGGGGUGCAUUCUCUACCACCAGGAGGCGGGAUUACUGCGAGCCUCAGCCAGUGCGUCUUCGCAGCCGUUUUAUGAUUGCUCAGCACAAGAAAUACGUUACACACAUACAGUUGUUGACAAAAUACACUGUACAUUAUAUACCUCAGCUAACUCAACUAUGGAAAUGUAUAAUAUAAUUCAUAUAGCAAUACGCUCUCACUGCACAGCAGGCCAGCAGUUAGCCCAGUCAUUGCGCAAUCCAUGUGAGGCUCAACUGAGUGACGCCUCAACUGGCUGCUGACUCACAGCAAGUCUCUUCUCAGUAUUUGAACGGCAAAUGUGAAAAUUCAGCGAUUUUGAAUAAAAAUAAUCUAAAACUGGUGAAGUUAAAUGGAAAAUAACUUUAUAGUAUAAUCACUGGAUACAUAUAACAAUUUUAAUAAUUUUUUUUCUUUUUACAUUUUUUUUCUUUCCAUGAUGGCACGUGAGGCCCUGCCUCACCUGCCUCCCCUGACUGCACGUCA